UCCCAACACAAUGACACCUUCAUUCCAUUUACGCAAACCAAAACAGUAAACACGUUCCGAAACAUAAUACUGUCUUCACUUGCGUAUGGAAAAGAGGGCGAGUUGAGUGCACGGCAGAUAGCGUGAAGACUGAAGACAUAAAUAUGGCAAGCAGUGGCAGGCAGUGCGACCACUACCACUGUUUUGUGUUGUAAAGACUCAAAAUCACGUGCAUCACCCCAGUAUUCCCCUUCAAUUUUCCUCCUCCAAUGAAGAUUAAGACUCUGGAUGAAACCAAUCCGAUGUGUGGAUCGUUUGUUGAAAUGGGUUGGAAGAAGAAGAGCAAGAGACUUCUCAUUUUAUCAGAUUGUAGCCAUAUCUAUGGACUUCAUUUGCGUUGAUUGUUUUUUAGCUUUUCAGUGUGGGUAUCUGCUAAGAAUUCAGAAUAUCAUAUUGGAACAUGAAAUUGUCUACUUCCUGUUGUUUAAUCUUACCGAUUGAUUAGAAAAUAGCUAACUAGUUAAGUCCAAUUUUUAGGGAUUUUGUAUGAAAAAAAUAUAUCGUUCAUGAUUUUAUUGACUUAUGGACCAUAUGGGAAGAAAGAGAAAGGGAAUCUCUCGACACAAAUCAACUGAUUUCAAACAAUCCACCAAUCAUAAACGUUUCAUAACCGGAAUCGGAAUCGGAAUCGGAAUCGGAAUCGCAACCGCACCGCCUUUCGUCAAUGUGUAUUCCGACCCACGUGGCAGGGGUCUAAAACGUAAAAUCGGGUGUCUCGAUGCCUUGACACAAACCGGUCGAAAGAAGAAAAUCGAUCAAGAUUUCGAACGAGGUGAAACGAUCGGAAACGGGAAGUUUGGAUCAGUGGUCAAGUGCCGGAGUAAGGUCACCGGAGAACAAUUUGCAUGCAAGAUUUUACCAAAAGGGGAUGAGAUUGUUCAUAAAGAAGUUGAGAUUAUGCAACAUCUUUCUGGUCAUCCGGGUGUUGUGACAUUGAAGGCAGUGUAUGAAGAUGCUCAAUCUUUUCAUCUUGUUAUGGAGCUUUGCUCUGGUGGGAGGUUGCUUGAUCAGAUGUGGGAAGAUGGUUUGUUUUCAGAGCAAAAAGCCGCUAAUUUAAUCAAGGAAUUGAUGUUAGUUCUUAAAUACUGUCAUGACAUGGGCGUUAUUCAUCGUGAUGUAAAACCCGAAAAUAUCCUUCUUUCGGCUAAUGGUUCGAUUAAGCUUGCUGAUUUCGGGUUGGCUGCUAGAAUUGCUAAUGGUCAGAGUCUAUAUGGUGUGGUUGGGAGUCCUGCUUAUGUGGCACCUGAAGUUUUGACGGGUGGUUACUCUGAGAAAGUGGAUAUAUGGAGCGCGGGUGUGGUCCUACAUGCGGUUUUGGUUGGUUACCUUCCGUUCGGUGGCGAUUCGGUAAAUACGGUGUUUGAGGCGGUCAAGAACGUGACGCUUGAUUUCCAAGGCGAAUUAUGGGAAACGGUAUCUCAACCUGGCUGUGAUCUAAUUGGACAUAUGCUAACAAGAAAUGUAUCCGAGAGGUACACCGCUGAGGAAGUACUACGACAUCCAUGGAUACUUUUUUACACGAACCCGACAUUAGGACCUCUAACUUUUGGUUCCCGAGUGCAAACUUGUGGAAACUUGACUACACAAUUGCUGACUGAUGUGCUGGAAAUGGAGUAUGAGAGGACCAUUAACACCUCAUUUGAUGACAACUCUACUUCCAUGUUCCCAAAUGACAUAGAGGAAGAUGAAGAUUGUUGUAUGGUUGAUAUGCUUGCAUUGGCAAUUUCACGUGUAAGGAUAUCAGAGCCCAAGAGAAGCAGGAUAUGUGGUCCUAAUGAUCCCGUGCAACAAGAACGGUCGGCUAACAUUAACAUAAAGAGUCUUUGUGCAGCAUUUUGACUAUGUGAUGGAUGAUGAAUUGACUUUGACUGCUAGAAAACGUGGCUUUUGAGCCGGUUUGUGUUGUAAAUUCCCGUUCAUUUGGGUUGUUUUUCAUGUGUUUUUUACCCUUUCGUACUGAAAAUAUGAAAAAAAAAACUGUGUAAAUAGAAUGCAUAUUUUAGUGGUAUGCUAUGGCAAUGUUGUUUUUGA